CUCUUUUGAAAAAAUUCAACGCUUCAAUCUCGGAUUAAUCAUUUCAUCAAUCGAUUCACUUCAUUCAUUCAACUCAAUCUCAACAUUAACAUUAACAUCAACAUCCAUGGCUAACUCUAACCCAUUACCAAUCUUAACUCCAAUAUCAAAUGAUUCACCAUUAACAAUCGGAGUCCUAGCUCUUCAAGGUGCCUACGCAGAACAUGUCUCUCAUUUACGACGACUAGCUUCUUCAUUUCCACCUUCAAGUAAUACUCCAACUUCUUCACCAAAUCCAUCGAAUCAAUCAAAUCGAAAACGACUUAAUAACUUUACGACCAUCCAAGUUAAAACUGCAAAAGAAUUAGAAAGAUGUCAUGGUUUGAUCAUACCGGGCGGUGAAUCAACUACUAUGAGUUUGAUUGCUAGUCGACAAAUUGAUGAAAGUGGUUUUAGUCUUUUAGAUUGGUUAAAAAGUUUUGUUAAAACUCGUAGUGUUUGGGGUACGUGUGCUGGUAUGAUUUUAUUAUCUGAUGAAGUUAUUGAAGGUAGUAUGAAAAAAGGUGGUCAAGAUGUCUUAGGUGGUCUUCCAAUCCUUAUCAAUCGUAAUCAAUGGGGUAGACAAACAGAAUCAUUUGAACAUGCAUUACAAAUUGAUUGUAUUCGAGAUCCAACUCGACCGUUUCCCGGAAUCUUUAUUAGAGCACCAGUGAUUCAUACAAUCCAAUCACCUGAAAGUAUUAAAACUUUAACCACUGUACCGAUUUCGAUCUUACCUAAAUCAGAUCGAUUCGGUCCAGAUGCUCAAACGGUAGGAAUUCAAAAAGGCAAAUUAUUAGCUACUGCAUUUCAUCCUGAAUUAAGUCAAGAUUCUAGAUUACAUGAAUAUUGGCUCUUAGAAUGUGUUUUGAUAGAUCUUUGAACGACUAGAGUUUUUUUUUCUUAUUAGGAUUACGGAAAAAAGAAAACUCUAGGCUUGAAUCUAAAUCAAAUCGAAUUAUCUUUCUUUCAUCUUUAUAGAUUACAUUUCAUUCGUAUAUAUCCAUUCACUUAAAGCAGAAAACAACAAACAAAUCACUUUUUUAUUUUUAUUUUUCGAAAAUUUAACUCCGAUCAAGACCGGUCUUCAAGUGAUAUCCGAUAACCAUGGAUAUCAUUCAUACAAUUUUUUCUAUACAAAUAUAUGCAGAAAUACUUUUAGAGUUUUUGUCCAUAUACCUUUCACUUGAUUCAAUCUCUUCAGAUUUUUUUCAUCCACUUUCUUCUUGAAGUACCAUUUUGUUAGAAUUCCUGUUGUUUUGAGAUACUUUCAAAUAUGUAUCUUAUC